AUGCAACAUCAGCCUUCAUCGAAUAAAGAGGAUCACAAGGCAGAUGAUUCCUCGGAAGGCACGGACCACUCUUUACAUCACCAUCCUGAUGUGACUACGACAUGGAAUAAAUUGGACAAGACUAAAUUCUAUUCGAUCGGAGUGUUGGCUUCAUAUGGUUUGCGAUCCAUCUUUUUUCCGAUUAGUUUAAUUGGAGCUCAUCAGGUGGCAAAUUUACAGGCCCAUGAAAGCAUGUCUACAGUGGCCAAACGAAUUUAUUCACAACAUGGACUAAGAGGAUUUUACAGAGGAUACUUUUCAGCCGCUACUGGAAAAUGCAUUGUGCAAUUUACAUAUUUGAGCUCUCUGGAAUUUAUUAAUCAAUAUUUACUUUCAAAACAUGAAGAUGGAAAGAAUCAUGGCUAUAUUUCUCAAUUAAGCACGUUUCAAAGACAAGCUCUUUCUGGUUUAAUCGCUGAAGUGAUUUCAAAUUUCAUAGUCGUUCCAUUUGAUGUUGUUUCUCAACGAUUAAUGAUUUCUCAAGUGACACAUCCCAAUGAACAUGUCAAAUUUUCACAUGUAGUGAGAGAGGUUUGGAAAAUGGAAGGUUUGAGAGGUCUUUACAGAGGAACGCUUCCUACUUUAUUGACCUAUGGACCAGAAUCUGCAAUUUCAUGGGGAACUUUUUCAGCACUCAAAGAAAAUAUUUCACAACUGUUAGUGCCCUAUGUUGGUGAAAGGGAUUUUGAAAUAAUGGUCAUGUCUGCUUCAAGUAGUGGAGCAAUGACAGGUGUUGUGACAGCAUCGAUCUUUCAUCCAUUUGAUAUUGUAAGGUUGAGAAUUCAGACGGGAAUAGCUUUGAGUGGGAGUGAUAAUUCUCCUUCGAUGGGAUCACACAAAUUUGGAUCAUCCUCGAUUCGAGAAGUGAUUGCCGAUUUAAUGAAGAGAGAGGGUUUAAGAGGUUUUACAAAGGGCAUUUCCUCAAAGCUCAUGUAUAAUUCAGGAACCAUGGCCUUAGCUAUGACUGUGUAUGAUAUUCUGAAGUGGAGUGCAAGGUCGAAAUAA